UUUCCUUUUGUUCCUGGGCUAAGCUGCUGUGCGGUCUGGUUCUCUACUAUCUCCUUUGUUUCCUUUCUUCAUCAUCGACUACGAUACUAUAUUCCCGUCGCUCUUUUUUCACAGCAUCGCAUCCAACUGAGAACCCUUUGACGGACUACGACUCCCCGACGACACGGUUCCAUUUCCACCCUGCUUGACUCUUCUGGCUACACGAUUUACUGUCGUGACUGUUCGCCCUAAACCAAAACGAGUACUAAAAACAUCCGAGCGCCCGUUCUUCUUCGCACCCUGCUUGCGUUUUGGCCGCUGCACUAUUCCCAGCUUGGACUGUCCAUCCCUCCCACCGUAGAGAGAGAGGCCCGAGCACGCUGCCAACACGGCUCGCGCUGGUUGUCCACCUGCCCACUACUGUACGUACUGUACAGGACUGUGCUGCUACUGCUGCUUUCUGCUGCCACUAAACCAGGCUCGCCCCCCUGGAACCACCACCCACCACCCCCCGGGCGCCGCACGCACACUGUCCACUUUUGCCUAUCGCCCAACGCACACACCCCCAGCACCAGCGCCGUCGGCCCAUUCUGCUCGCUCCUCUCCUUUCCCACCCAACACUCGAUCCUCCUCUUCCUCUUCCUCCCCCCCAUCCCGACCAACGACCAACACACCGCAAAGCAAAAGCCUGGUUGUGCGGAUCUUGCUUUCCCUUUCGCUCAUUACUACCCUCCUUCGCUCUCUUUUGCUCCUCUUUUUUUCUUUCCUCUUCUUUUUUGUUCUUCCUUUUCUCAUCUUCAUCCAUCGCUCUUCGGUCCGCAUCCCCUUGCCGUCGACAUCGCAAGCCUCGACAACCUCCUCGCCCUCUCGUCCCUGCUUGCGUGAUUUGUCCUCGACUUCGCCUUCGACACAGGACAUCUUCACCAGCGGCAGUCUCUUUCGACAUCCACCGACCCAGUACAUAUCGGUGCCUCGUCGAAAGUCGCUGAAUUGCUUGUACCUGGGCGGCUCGUCUCGACGUACCGAACGACGCAAUUUUCUUUUUGACGACCUGCUCGUCUCGACACUCUUUUCCACGACGCUUAGAAUUCGCGACUCCUGUCGGGCCAUUCUAGCCUCCAUUCGCUCUUGCAUCUUUCUGUUAAUCUAAAUAAAGGAAAAAUACAAUAACCGCAGUCAUCAUGGCUCCUACCAACAAGGUCCUGCUCGCCUCCGCCCUGGCUCUGGCUUCCACUGCCUCUGCCGUCGCCCCCGAGCACCCUCGCAUUUACUACCCUCAUAAGGUUAAGCGCACUGGUGAACAGGCCCCCGAGCGCCGUCAGUUUGGCAACACCGGCUUCAACCUCGCCGACUUCUUUGGCCAGGCUAACCGCGGCGGUGUUUCCCCUGCCCAGGCUCCUCCCAGCAGAUUCCAGCAACCCGACAACAGCAACAACAACCACGGACAGGACUCUACCAACCAGGGCGGUCUUGGUGGCAUCUUGGGCGGCAUCUUUGGCGGCAACGACGACGACGACGUUGUUACCACCGUUGUCAUCUCCAAGACCGUCACCGUUCCUCCAAAGGGCACUGGCAGCCAGCAGCCCACUGUCGUCUCUCCCACCAAGAAGCCCACCAGCAAGGCUAGCCAGCCCCCCCAGUCUACCGACAAGAACACCAACACGGGCAUCACUGUUGGCACUUCGUCUGUCGAUGUGCCUGUUUCCAGCCCUACGCCUUCGUCUACUAAGCCAGGCGGCAUCAUUGCUACUCUCACCAGCCUUCUGGGCAACGACCCCAAGUCUAGCAGCACACCUGGCGCCUCUCAGGAGACCUCCACCCCUGCUGGCACUUCUACUUCCAGCGGCACCAGCUCCGUCAUUGCUACAGACACCGUCUCGAGCAGCAGCAAGCUCAUUCCCUUGCCCACGAGCAUCAUCUCGAUCCCCACGUCCAGCUCUAUCGUCACUAUUAGCACGCCUCCUGACAACACUACCAUCAGCACGCUUCCUCCUCCUCCCAGCAGCAGCACUGCCGUUAUUACUACCGGCAGCCAGCCUCCCCCUACGUCCAGCUCGAUCGUAACUGUUCCUACGUCGUCAGUCGUCACUUCCAGUUCGACCGUCCCUGACAACAACAGCACGAUUGUCAGUGUUCCUACCACCAGCCAGACCAAGGUGGUGCCUACUACCACCCCCAUCGGUGGCGACAACAGCACCUCGGUGGUUGUUCCUACUAGCCAGCCAGUUUCGUCUCAGGUGCCCGUCGUUAGCAGCACGCCCACGCCCACCUCGUCUGCUCCCGCUACUUGGAUCCCUACCACCAUGGUUAUGGCGCCCAGCACCAUGUCUUCCUUCAUUGCUCCCAGCAGUGGAACUAGCAGCGAGACCAAGUCUGCUCUGCCCACGGACGUGCCCAAGAACAUUGUGCCCCCCAGCGGUGAUGACAGCAACAAGCCUCCUCCCAAGGGCACCGUUGCCAUCCAAAUUGGUUUCUUGUUCCAGCUCAACUACAACUUUGUGUCCACCAACGCAGAUGCUGCUGCUCAGAUCUUCAACUACCUGCCUCCUGCUCUUGCUGGUGUUGCUGGUAUUAGCGCCGACAAGGUUCCCGUCACCAAGCUGGUUCCCUUUGACACCCGCCGUGACCUGGGCUACAUCACCACUCUUGCCAAGGUUAACUGGCCCGAGUCUCAGCUUGAUGCUCUCAAGAACGCUCUCUGGGAGCCCAGCUCUGCUCUGUACAACAACGAGCAGGGCAUCGUCCGCAGCUUGACCGCCAUCAUCAACCCCAAGAUUCCUCUGUUGGCAACUGGUGACGACAACGGCUCCAGCGGCAACGGCGGUGUUAGCGGCACUGGUGCUGGUGGCUCUAGCAGCGGUGGCGGCGACCCCUUCCAGUCCAGCGGCGAUGGCUCGUCCAACGACAACUCCAAGCAGAAGGCUACCACCAUUGGUAUCGCUGUCGGCUCGCUCGGCAUUGGUGUCAUGUAUGGUGCUGCCAUGUUCAUUGUCGCUCGUCGCUACAAGCGCAAGCGCUCUCUCCGCCGCGCCAACGCUGCCAACGAUGCUGCCUCUGCUGAGAUGCAGUACACUGACAACGGCAGCCCUGCCCUGAUGGGUGGUGCUCUUGUCAGUGCGCAAAACACCUCUUAUGGCGGUGUUUCCAGCCACAACGGCCCUGUCAUCUCUAGCCAGACCAGCACUGGUGGUCGCAGCAACCCCAGCGACGCCCGCUCUGCCGGCAUCUCCCACCCUGUUGCCACCGAGAACUCUCUUGGCUGGAGCUAAACGGACUUUGAACAUUGGGAACUCUCUUGACUGAAAGCUUCCUCCCCCACCUGUACUUAUCUGUCGCGGGGUACACCUUUUUCUGUAAAUGGCCCUCGUUGACAUUGUUGUCUGCUCGAGUUAUUUUAUCAUCUUUUACCACUUUCUUAUACCCAAGGACGGCAUGUUACUUUUUUGAUAUACCUCUAAGGGUCGGCCAAUCAGCCCCUUUUUGGCAUCUGCCAUGACGAAUGAUGUAUGCGCGCUUGGUUUUUACUUUGAUUUUGCAUCGCCAGAACAUCUCUGGUACACAACCAUUUGCAACGCCUAUGCAGUCAUGGAUAAACAGAUGCCUGGGGCAAGCUGAUUGGCGAUUCGCGGCUCCGCAGCUGCACACCCCUUUUUUGGCAUCUUAAUAUCUCAUUUUUUUUUGGAUUUUAUUUUUGGAUCUGUAUGGAUGGCAUUUAGAAGAGGAAGAACGCCCCUUCUCUUGUCUUCUUUGUCAGGGGAGGGAAGGGUGCGCGCCUUGCACCGCUAUUUGGAUACUCUGUACGAUUUGCAUGCGUGGCAGAGUCGGUUAUGUUGGAGAAGGCAAGAACUAAAGAAGAUAAAAAUGUACAUAUAUUCUUUGGCUAGCUUGAUGAGAUGCAUACAACUGAUUUGUUUUAUUUGAUCAUCAGGCCGCGCAGGAGCAUACAUGACCGGCUGUGCGCUGUGUGUCGAGACUCUACCAUGCCACCUUUUUAUUUCUUAUACACCCUGCAUGGGGCAUAGGCAGCAAAUAGAAUGGUUGCAUAC